AUGAUACGGCGACCACCGAGAUCUACACUGGCACCACGUCAACAGGUCAGCCAUCAUCAACUUCUACCGUCACCCUGUCGGCCAAUUACACCAGCCAGUCAACUCCCUCUGAUCAGUCAACCUCUACGACACAAAUAUUCAACACCACAAUCACAUCACCAACACUCGGACUAUCCGAGUCGCCGACAACUUCAACCACCUCCGGGACCACCGCCACCAACACUGGCACCACGUCAACAGGUCAGCCAUCAUCAACUUCUACCGUCACCCUGUCGGCCAAUUACACCAGCCAGUCAACUCCCUCUGAUCAGUCAACCUCUACGACACAAAUAUUCAACACCACAAUCACAUCACCAACACUCGGACUAUCCGAGUCGCCGACAACUUCAACCACCUCCGGGACCACCGCCACCAACACUGGCACCACGUCAACAGGUCAGCCAUCAUCAACUUCUACCGUCACCCUGUCGGCCAAUUACACCAGCCAGUCAACUCCCUCUGAUCAGUCAACCUCUACGACACAAAUAUUCAACACCACAAUCACAUCACCAACACUCGGACUAUCCGAGUCGCCGACAACUUCAACCACCUCCGGGACCACCGCCACCAACACUGGCACCACGUCAACAGGUCAGCCAUCAUCAACUUCUACCGUCACCCUGUCGGCCAAUUACACCAGCCAGUCAACUCCCUCUGAUCAGUCAACCUCUACGACACAAAUAUUCAACACCACAAUCACAUCACCAACACUCGGACUAUCCGAGUCGCCGACAACUUCAACCACCUCCGGGACCACCGCCACCAACACUGGCACCACGUCAACAGGUCAGCCAUCAUCAACUUCUACCGUCACCCUGUCGGCCAAUUACACCAGCCAGUCAACUCCCUCUGAUCAGUCAACCUCUACGACACAAAUAUUCAACACCACAAUCACAUCACCAACACUCGGACUAUCCGAGUCGCCGACAACUUCAACCACCUCCGGGACCACCGCCACCAACACUGGCACCACGUCAACAGGUCAGCCAUCAUCAACUUCUACCGUCACCCUGUCGGCCAAUUACACCAGCCAGUCAACUCCCUCUGAUCAGUCAACCUCUACGACACAAAUAUUCAACACCACAAUCACAUCACCAACACUCGGACUAUCCGAGUCGCCGACAACUUCAACCACCUCCGGGACCACCGCCACCAACACUGGCACCACGUCAACAGGUCAGCCAUCAUCAACUUCUACCGUCACCCUGUCGGCCAAUUACACCAGCCAGUCAACUCCCUCUGAUCAGUCAACCUCUACGACACAAAUAUUCAACACCACAAUCACAUCACCAACACUCGGACUAUCCGAGUCGCCGACAACUUCAACCACCUCCGGGACCACCGCCACCAACACUGGCACCACGUCAACAGGUCAGCCAUCAUCAACUUCUACCGUCACCCUGUCGGCCAAUUACACCAGCCAGUCAACUCCCUCUGAUCAGUCAACCUCUACGACACAAAUAUUCAACACCACAAUCACAUCACCAACACUCGGACUAUCCGAGUCGCCGACAACUUCAACCACCUCCGGGACCACCGCCACCAACACUGGCACCACGUCAACAGGUCAGCCAUCAUCAACUUCUACCGUCACCCUGUCGGCCAAUUACACCAGCCAGUCAACUCCCUCUGAUCAGUCAACCUCUACGACACAAAUAUUCAACACCACAAUCACAUCACCAACACUCGGACUAUCCGAGUCGCCGACAACUUCAACCACCUCCGGGACCACCGCCACCAACACUGGCACCACGUCAACAGGUCAGCCAUCAUCAACUUCUACCGUCACCCUGUCGGCCAAUUACACCAGCCAGUCAACUCCCUCUGAUCAGUCAACCUCUACGACACAAAUAUUCAACACCACAAUCACAUCACCAACACUCGGACUAUCCGAGUCGCCGACAACUUCAACCACCUCCGGGACCACCGCCACCAACACUGGCACCACGUCAACAGGUCAGCCAUCAUCAACUUCUACCGUCACCCUGUCGGCCAAUUACACCAGCCAGUCAACUCCCUCUGAUCAGUCAACCUCUACGACACAAAUAUUCAACACCACAAUCACAUCACCAACACUCGGACUAUCCGAGUCGCCGACAACUUCAACCACCUCCGGGACCACCGCCACCAACACUGGCACCACGUCAACAGGUCAGCCAUCAUCAACUUCUACCGUCACCCUGUCGGCCAAUUACACCAGCCAGUCAACUCCCUCUGAUCAGUCAACCUCUACGACACAAAUAUUCAACACCACAAUCACAUCACCAACACUCGGACUAUCCGAGUCGCCGACAACUUCAACCACCUCCGGGACCACCGCCACCAACACUGGCACCACGUCAACAGGUCAGCCAUCAUCAACUUCUACCGUCACCCUGUCGGCCAAUUACACCAGCCAGUCAACUCCCUCUGAUCAGUCAACCUCUACGACACAAAUAUUCAACACCACAAUCACAUCACCAACACUCGGACUAUCCGAGUCGCCGACAACUUCAACCACCUCCGGGACCACCGCCACCAACACUGGCACCACGUCAACAGGUCAGCCAUCAUCAACUUCUACCGUCACCCUGUCGGCCAAUUACACCAGCCAGUCAACUCCCUCUGAUCAGUCAACCUCUACGACACAAAUAUUCAACACCACAAUCACAUCACCAACACUCGGACUAUCCGAGUCGCCGACAACUUCAACCACCUCCGGGACCACCGCCACCAACACUGGCACCACGUCAACAGGUCAGCCAUCAUCAACUUCUACCGUCACCCUGUCGGCCAAUUACACCAGCCAGUCAACUCCCUCUGAUCAGUCAACCUCUACGACACAAAUAUUCAACACCACAAUCACAUCACCAACACUCGGACUAUCCGAGUCGCCGACAACUUCAACCACCUCCGGGACCACCGCCACCAACACUGGCACCACAUCAACAGGUCAGCCAUCAUCAACUUCUACCGUCACCCUGUCGGCCAAUUACACCAGCCAGUCAACUCCCUCUGAUCAGUCAACCUCUACGACACAAAUAUUCAACACCACAAUCACAUCACCAACACUCGGACUAUCCGAGUCGCCGACAACUUCAACCACCUCCGGGACCACCGCCACCAACACUGGCACCACGUCAACAGGUCAGCCAUCAUCAACUUCUACCGUCACCCUGUCGGCCAAUUACACCAGCCAGUCAACUCCCUCUGAUCAGUCAACCUCUACGACACAAAUAUUCAACACCACAAUCACAUCACCAACACUCGGACUAUCCGAGUCGCCGACAACUUCAACCACCUCCGGGACCACCGCCACCAACACUGGCACCACGUCAACAGGUCAGCCAUCAUCAACUUCUACCGUCACCCUGUCGGCCAAUUACACCAGCCAGUCAACUCCCUCUGAUCAGUCAACCUCUACGACACAAAUAUUCAACACCACAAUCACAUCACCAACACUCGGACUAUCCGAGUCGCCGACAACUUCAACCACCUCCGGGACCACCGCCACCAACACUGGCACCACGUCAACAGGUCAGCCAUCAUCAACUUCUACCGUCACCCUGUCGGCCAAUUACACCAGCCAGUCAACUCCCUCUGAUCAGUCAACCUCUACGACACAAAUAUUCAACACCACAAUCACAUCACCAACACUCGGACUAUCCGAGUCGCCGACAACUUCAACCACCUCCGGGACCACCGCCACCAACACUGGCACCACGUCAACAGGUCAGCCAUCAUCAACUUCUACCGUCACCCUGUCGGCCAAUUACACCAGCCAGUCAACUCCCUCUGAUCAGUCAACCUCUACGACACAAAUAUUCAACACCACAAUCACAUCACCAACACUCGGACUAUCCGAGUCGCCGACAACUUCAACCACCUCCGGGACCACCGCCACCAACACUGGCACCACGUCAACAGGUCAGCCAUCAUCAACUUCUACCGUCACCCUGUCGGCCAAUUACACCAGCCAGUCAACUCCCUCUGAUCAGUCAACCUCUACGACACAAAUAUUCAACACCACAAUCACAUCACCAACACUCGGACUAUCCGAGUCGCCGACAACUUCAACCACCUCCGGGACCACCGCCACCAACACUGGCACCACGUCAACAGGUCAGCCAUCAUCAACUUCUACCGUCACCCUGUCGGCCAAUUACACCAGCCAGUCAACUCCCUCUGAUCAGUCAACCUCUACGACACAAAUAUUCAACACCACAAUCACAUCACCAACACUCGGACUAUCCGAGUCGCCGACAACUUCAACCACCUCCGGGACCACCGCCACCAACACUGGCACCACGUCAACAGGUCAGCCAUCAUCAACUUCUACCGUCACCCUGUCGGCCAAUUACACCAGCCAGUCAACUCCCUCUGAUCAGUCAACCUCUACGACACAAAUAUUCAACACCACAAUCACAUCACCAACACUCGGACUAUCCGAGUCGCCGACAACUUCAACCACCUCCGGGACCACCGCCACCAACACUGGCACCACGUCAACAGGUCAGCCAUCAUCAACUUCUACCGUCACCCUGUCGGCCAAUUACACCAGCCAGUCAACUCCCUCUGAUCAGUCAACCUCUACGACACAAAUAUUCAACACCACAAUCACAUCACCAACACUCGGACUAUCCGAGUCGCCGACAACUUCAACCACCUCCGGGACCACCGCCACCAACACUGGCACCACGUCAACAGGUCAGCCAUCAUCAACUUCUACCGUCACCCUGUCGGCCAAUUACACCAGCCAGUCAACUCCCUCUGAUCAGUCAACCUCUACGACACAAAUAUUCAACACCACAAUCACAUCACCAACACUCGGACUAUCCGAGUCGCCGACAACUUCAACCACCUCCGGGACCACCGCCACCAACACUGGCACCACGUCAACAGGUCAGCCAUCAUCAACUUCUACCGUCACCCUGUCGGCCAAUUACACCAGCCAGUCAACUCCCUCUGAUCAGUCAACCUCUACGACACAAAUAUUCAACACCACAAUCACAUCACCAACACUCGGACUAUCCGAGUCGCCGACAACUUCAACCACCUCCGGGACCACCGCCACCAACACUGGCACCACGUCAACAGGUCAGCCAUCAUCAACUUCUACCGUCACCCUGUCGGCCAAUUACACCAGCCAGUCAACUCCCUCUGAUCAGUCAACCUCUACGACACAAAUAUUCAACACCACAAUCACAUCACCAACACUCGGACUAUCCGAGUCGCCGACAACUUCAACCACCUCCGGGACCACCGCCACCAACACUGGCACCACGUCAACAGGUCAGCCAUCAUCAACUUCUACCGUCACCCUGUCGGCCAAUUACACCAGCCAGUCAACUCCCUCUGAUCAGUCAACCUCUACGACACAAAUAUUCAACACCACAAUCACAUCACCAACACUCGGACUAUCCGAGUCGCCGACAACUUCAACCACCUCCGGGACCACCGCCACCAACACUGGCACCACGUCAACAGAUUUUGGACAUUUUCAAUCUAUGGAAUCCAGUUGCUUCCAAAGGAGCUCGAUGCUACAAUGUUGUAUUCGUACCAGUUGAUUUUGUAAUUCUUGAGAAAAGACAGUUGAAUGUAACUGGUACUGAGCGACAGAAUGCCACUCAAGGUGUACAGGGGAACGCAGAUAUCGAUUUGAUGCCAACGAAUGAGACAAAUCUGAAUGAAACGCAGUUGGUUGAAAUCCUAUCCUCUGUUCAAAAUCAGUCAAAUGUAACUUCGGAUACAUAUUUUUUCAAUAUACAAGCAAUUAGGACUUAUCCAGAACCUACAGUGAUGAUGGUGUCAUCAGCAUCUUUGGCACAGACGACAAGAGAAUUGCAAGAAGUAACUGAAAGUUUGUUAAACUUCACAUCAACAACUACGACUGAUGGGUAUUUUACUUCCCAAGUUUAUACAUCAGGUAAGCUUCUUUAUUUGUGCUACUGUGCUCAUUCAAUCAAUACAUGUUUAAAUGAAGUGUCAAUAAAGUUAAAAGAUAUUUAG